AUGGCCGAAAUCGCAGCGGGAGUCGUCGCCGCCGAACAGGUCGUCUCCACGACCGUCCAGGCCGGCGCAGCGGGAUACGCCGUGGGAAAGCCGUCCAACGGCUUGAGCGCUACCUUCAGCCAGCUUGCCACGGCGUCGCCAGACGGCACCAGUAAUUCGCUGGCCAGGUCCAACCACAGCCUCACCGUCGUGGGCGACCGGGCAUAUAUCUUCGGCGGCCAGACGGACGCCGGCAAGCUGGCAACCAAUCAUGUCCACUCGUUCGCCCUUCCCACCAAGGACAAGGCCCAGGCGGACUAUCACUUGACCCCGGCCAUUGCCCUUGCCGAGGGUGGCCCGGUUCCCCAGUCACGGAGGAGCCAUUCUGCCUGUGCUCUGGGCGGCUGCAUCGCCGUCUUUGGAGGUGUCGAUGAGUCUGGAAGCACCAUUGUCGACCCUGCCAUCUGGCUUUACGACCCGCAGAAGUCGGCUUGGGAGGCGACGCUGCCCGAGCCUUCCACUACGGCCCCCACGGCCCGCAGCACGGCGAGCCUGUUCUCCGACGGCGAGGAUCUGCUGCUGUACGGAGGGAAAGACGGACAUGGAACUCCACUGGUCGACGUCUGGAUAUUUGUGUUCUCGACAAGAACCUGGGCGAGACUACCCGACGCACCGGCCUCGACCACCAGCGCAGCCUUUGCCGGAGGCUCGCUGUAUCUCAUCUCUGCCACCGAUGCUCUAAGCAGUGCCCUUCACCACCUCAGCAUUACCAUUGAGGCAGAGGAGCCCCCGAGCUGGGACACCGUUCAGUUCCCAACAAAUCCUCUGACCCCGGGCCCGAGACCGCGCGAGAACGGUGGCCUUCUCCACGUCACGACCGGUUUUGGCCGGCAGUAUCUACUUUACCUGCUGGGCGACCGGCAGCCGACCAGUCCCUCCGAGUCGGCAGAGGCCGCAUCGCCACCCCAGUGGAGCGACAUGUGGUCUCUCCAGCUGCCCGCGAGCCAUGUUUCCGUGGAACGCACCACGACCUUCUCCGAGGCCAUCAAGCCUGCCAAGAUCAAGGAUGCCAUCCGAUCCAAGCUGGGAUAUGACGCCGGCACCUUCACCUGGGCAGAAGUGGACGUCAAACCGCCCGGCGAUCUUGCAGAACCGGAGGGCAAGGUCCACCCUGGACCUCGAAGUUCCUUUGGCUGUGACGUCCUGGCCAACAGGAAGGACGUCGCACUUUGGGGCGGAAUCAAUGCCAAGGGCGAGCAGGAAGGCGAUGGAUGGAUUAUUCAGCUUGAGUAA